GUAAAUGGAGGCUGUUUUGUGUGUGUGUGUUUUGUUGUUGAGCGUGUAGAAGUGUGCAAUUGAGUAGAAACAGUGUGUGCGCUUCAUUUAUUUCUUUUUGUUGUGUUUUUUAAAUGUUUCGAAAAGCCAAUAGCCAAAUAGGAAAACAAAUCGAUUACAAACAACAACGACGAACAGCAAUUAAACGGGCGCAAAGUGGAAAAACAGCAGCGAAAACGAAAACGAAAACAGAGCCAAAAACGUUUUCUCUCUAUUCACGAGACGACGCCAGUGAAGCGAUACAGUUAGAAUAGCUAACUUAAUCAAAGCUUCCAGCCAGGACAGUUGGAAAAAAAACCGAUUAUUAAGCAAACCUUGAGACGCACACAUACACAUACAUUUAAAUACAGAGAGACGCAGACACACACAUAUAUACAUACGUACGCAUACGCACGAAAGCAGACGCAGCAAUGAGUUCGCAAUAUUCGAAUGUGGAGAAUCUGUCGCCGCAGACCAUACGGCAGGUGAUGAAGGAGCUGCAGGAUAUGGAAACAACACCACCCGAGGGCAUCAAAGUCUUGAUCAAUGAGAGCGAUGUCACCGAUAUACAGGCAUUGAUCGAUGGACCAGCUGGAACACCAUAUGCCGUUGGCAUCUUUCGUGUGAAGCUAACGUUGAGCAAAGAUUUUCCACAAACGCCGCCAAAGGCAUAUUUCCUAACCAAAAUUUUCCAUCCAAAUGUUGCGGCCAACGGUGAGAUCUGUGUGAACACCUUGAAAAAGGAUUGGAAGCCAGAUCUGGGCAUUAAGCAUAUAUUGUUAACAAUCAAAUGUCUGCUCAUCGUGCCCAAUCCCGAAUCGGCGCUCAACGAGGAGGCUGGCAAAAUGCUGCUCGAACGCUACGACGAUUAUUCGCAGCGGGCGCGAAUGAUGACGGAAAUCCAUGCACAGCCUGUGAAAUGUGGCGUUAGCGAUGCCAAAGAUGAUGAUGGUCCAUCGAAUAAGAAGCAUGCGGGUCUGGAUAAAAAGCUGCAGGAUAAGAAGAAGGAGAAGCUGCUCAAGGAGAAAAAACGCAUGCUCAAGAGAUUAUGAGAGGCAUAAGCAA